CGCGUGUAUUUUGACCCUUUCUGCAGCCCGUCACGCACUGCUCUGGUCCCGCCCUUAUGUACGUGACGCGCACGCGCAGUGGAGUCAGUACGGAACCCAGCUAAGGUAGAUAUGGCGGAUCUGUCUCUGGAUGAAGUGAUUCGUCGCCGCAGCUUCACCGCUCGCGGAGUCAGCAAGAGGCCCAUAUAUGGCAGAGGGGCGGGGUCGGUGGGCAGGGCCUUCGAUGCCCGUCAGAAGAUUGGCAGCAGUGAUGUCAGACAGCGGCUGGGAGUGGGCGGGGCCACAGCAGCGUUCCCGGUAAAGGACGCGCGGGAGACUGGCGCAAAGGACGCGCGCUUCCGCAUCCGGGGCAGAGGGGGCGGCGCAGGCGCGGUGCAGGACGCGCGGCAGACCAUUAACUCGCGCAAACAGAUCGCGCCUGUGCAGCCGUCGCCCGUCAAACCCGCCGCGCCGGUCCCACACAUCCACAUCCACAACCCCGCCCCCAGUGUGAGAAUGGGCGUGGCCUUGCAGCCAGGAGGCGGGCUCACCAAAGUAGUCGACGCACGUGAUAGGUUGAGCUUAAAGAGGAGCGUCCCGACGACGUCCAAUCAAAUGGCAGCGUCUAUGAAGAUCACCAAAACCAUCCAGCAGAGGCCUGUGGGAAUGACCAGCGGGAUCCGCAUCAACGUUCCCAGCGGAGCCAAUCCGGCUGGUGGUCACAUGCCCGCUGAUGAUGACGAUGGUGUGAUGCCCAACAAACAGAUGAAGUUCACUACAGCCAACACCCUGCAGACACGAGUGAGACCAGCCGGUGCCGUCUCUCUCUCGACUCCCAUCACUAAGGUGGUGAAGAACGACUCGUACACGCCUCCGUCCGUCUCCGUGGCGACUGCCCGCCCCCCCACACAGACCCUACAGCCCGUCUCCAGGACGACCGUUGCCACGCAACAGGCGGGUGGAGAUGCCGGCGGACAAACACACCCCCCACAGCCGGUCUUCAGUCCUCUGGAGGGCACCAAGAUCACGGUCAACAACCUUCAUCCUCGCGUGACGGAGGAGGAUAUAGUGGAGCUGUUCUGUGUGUGCGGCGCGCUCAAGCGGGCCCGGCUGCUCAAAGUGGGCGUGGCCGAGGUGGUGUUUGUGCGUAAGGAGGAUGCGGUCAGCGCCUACAGGAAGUACAACAACCGCUGCCUGGACGGUCAGCCCAUGAAGUGUAACCUGCACAUGCAGGGCAGCGUGAUCACGUCAGAGCAGCCCAUCCUCCUGAGACUGAGCGACACUCCCGGCGCGGGCGGAUCGUCUCAGAAGGACUCGUCGUCUCGCUCCGGCUCCAGAUCCGCGUCCACGGCCGAGGUGGAUCCGCAGACCAUCCUGAAGGCCCUGUUCAAGUCCUCCAGCCAGACGGGCAGCACCAGCGGCGGCAGCGGCGCCAGCGGAGGAGAGACGCCCAACGCUCACGCCACCGCCUUCCGCAUCAAGAUCUAACUCUGUUUUUAUCUUCUUCUGCUUCCAUCACUAGCUCUGUUUCUGUUCCGGUUUUAAUGUGACGCUCUGUGGCGCUUUUGUUUUUCUCCAGUAAAUAUCUUGCUUUAUAA